AUGCUUCAAAAGAAAAGCAGCAAAACAUCAGCCCCUUUUUGUCUUAAAGACAAAAAAGAGAUCCAGAAACUCAAAGAUGAUCUCAAGGGGAACCAGGUCAAAAUAAAGGAACUAACAGAUGAUCUCACUGUGCAACAGCAGGAAAAUCUUGAAAAAAAUAAUGAAAUUCAGAUCCUUCACCUUAAAAUUCAUAAACUUCAGAGUGAUAUAGAGGCCAAGGACAAAACUGUUUCCUUGCUGCAAGAGAAAGAUAACCAAUGGGCUUUAGACCUAUUUGAGGAACAAGCAAAAAACUACAACCUUCGGAGUGAUCAUGAGGCUGCAUUGUUCCAGCAGCAGAAACAUGCAGAUACACUUAAACAUCUGACUCAUGAAAAUGAACAUAUGGUUUCUGAGAACAAGAUGCUGCGAGAAAAACUUGAUGCCCAGAAGAGGGUGCCCCAGCAACACCAUGCAGAUAUACUGGAACAUUUGAACUUUGAAAAUGAACUGUCCUCUGGAAACAAGAGGUUGCAGAGUCAACUUGAUGAUGGCCAGACAAGGGUGUUCCAGCAGCAGGAUGCAGAUAAACUGGCACUUCUGACUCAUGAAAACCAAAAACUGGCUUCUGAGAACAAGAGGCUCCAAAGUAAAUUAGAGGAUGCCCGAAAAAGGGAUUCCCAGCAGCAGCAGAAUAAUGUAGACAAAUUGUCACAUCUGACACAUGAAAACCAACAUCUGGCCUCUGAGAACAAAAGGCUGCAAGGUAAAUUAGAGGAUGCCCGAAAAAGGAUGUGCCAGCAUCAACGUGUUGAAGAUAAACUUGAACAUCUGACUUAUGAAAAUCAACAUCUAGCUUCUGAGAAUAACAGAGUGCAAGGUAAACUGGAGGAUGCCCGAAAAAGGGUAUCACAGCAGCAGCAAGAUAUAGAUAAAUUGGAACAUCUGACUCAUAGAAUCCAACAAUUGGCAUCUGAGAACAAGAAGCUGCAAAGUAAAGUUGAGGAUUCUCGAAAAAGGGUGUCCCAGCAUCAGAGGGUUAUAGAUAAAGUAGCACAUCUGACUAAUGAAAAACAACAACUGGCUUCUGGGUAUAAGAGGUUGCAAAAUAAGCUUGAGGAGACCCAAAAAAGGGUGUCUGAGCAUCAGCAGGUUGUCAAUGAAGUGGAACACCUGACUCAUGAAAACCAACAAUUGACUUCUGAGAACAAGAGGUUGCAAGAUAAAAACUUUGAGGAUGCCCAGAAAAGAGUGUUCCUGCAGGAGAAAGAUUCAAAGAAACUGGCGCUUCUCACUUGUGAAAACCAACAACUGAUUUCUGAGUACAAGAGGCUGCAAGAUAAACUUGAGGAUGCAACAAAAAACAAGUUCCAACAGCAGAAAGAUGCAGAUAAACUCGAACAUCUGACUCAAGAAAACCAACAAUUGACCUCUGAAAACAAGAGGCUACAAGAUAAAAAUGUUGAGGAUGCACAAAAAAGAGAGUUCCUGCCGCAGAAAGACACAAACAAAAUAGCACAUCUGACUCGUGAAAACCAACAACUGACCUCUGAGAACAAGAGGCUACAAGUAAAGCUUGACGAUGCCCAAAAAAGGGUGAUCCAGCGGCAGGGAGAUGUAGAUAAACUCAAACAUCUGACUCAUGAAAGCCAACGUCUGGUUUCUGAGAACAGAAGGCUGCAAAUUGAGCUUAAGGAUGCCCGAAAAGUGGUGUUCCAGCAGCAGGAUGCAGAUAAAUCUCAAUAUCUGACACAAAGAAAAAUUGAGCGUACCCUGAAAGAGAGCCAGAUUGAGAGGGAACUUAAUUUGGACUACUUCUUGGCAGCAUAUAAAAUUGAAGAGAUGGAAGAUGACGCCUCUACAGAAUCAGGGGGCAUGGCAUAUGGCAUGCAGACACUCAUAAGGACUAAAUACAAGGCUAUGGAGACCAAAUUUAACAGAAUAGUGGAUGAUCGCCUCCACCUCACUCAUCAUCAUAGAGAUGUGAUGUCACAGAAUACCACCACUAAGUAUCAAGGUACCACUGCUAAACCUGAGAUUAUGGUAGAUAAAUCUGCAGGAUUAAUGGGCAAAAUAAGUCUGGACGAACAUCCCUGCAACAGGACACAGGAAAAGUCUGAAAGUGUCAUCUUACAGAAAAAAGCUGGUCGAACUGAGUCUGCUCUUGAAAAAGAAAGGGCCACAUGUGAGCAGUGUAAUGCUGACCUCAGGGAGGUUUUCCAAAAACAGAUGAAAACUGUGACGGAAUGUCAGCAACUUGCCGAGGCGCUCCAGAAAGCUCAGGACAGCUAUAACUGUCUGCAGGCAAAGUAUCAGGCUCAAUCACAUUUUCAGGAAAGAUGCAUCAGUGACACUGAGGUCAAGCUCAAGGAGCAGAAAUUGGCUUUAGAUGAGAAAACAAAGGCUCUGCUGAACCUGCAAAAUGAUUACAGACAUCUAAUGAAGAAGUACAAUGACAUUAAUUCUAGUUUUCAUGAAUUGCUUAAAGUCCACACUGCCAUCCAACCCACCUGGUCAUCAUGCCAGUAA